AUGGCAGCGACAGCGACAGCGACGCGCACGGAGUUGGAGAAUGUGGUGUCGACGAUCGAUGAGGCCAAAGCGAAAGUCGAUCCGGAAUUGACUUGCAGCAUGCAGGUGGAGUAUCCGAGCGAAGAGCUCGCCAGGAUCGUCAUGGUCACUCUGUCCGUGGAUGCCGAGCUGCAACCUGACAAGGUGGCCAGGACGAUGGAGGUCCGAGGAGGCCGCCUCUCCAUCAGCUUCAGAGCGACGGACGCUAGGUUUCUGAGGGCCUCGUUCAGCUCGUUCAUGGACAUGCUGGUCUUAGCCACGAGAACCAUCGAGGAAUUCGGCCCAUCUUCCAUCCACGCAGCAUCCGCGUGA